AUGUCAAAAUACAAUGUUACUUCAACAGAAAAAUAUGCAGAAGCAAUUUCUGAUUUAAAACACCAGUUCAAGUUGAGGUUCUCAGAUUUCAAAGCUAAUGAAACAUAUUUUAAUUUGUUUUCAAUUCCAUUUUCAUUACCAGUUGAAGAUGUCCCAGAAAACAUGCAAAUUGAGAUCAUUGAUUUACAAAACAAUAAAGUAUUAAAAGAAAAGUACAAUUAUGUUGAACUUUCAAUUUUUUAUUCAAAAUAUAUUAACACAGAGACAUAUCCUAAUCUUCGAAACAACGCAUUAAGAAUGAUGUCUCUUUUUGGCAGUAUUUACACUUGUGAACAUAUAUUUUAA